AUGCCGCCCUACGGUACCUUGCGUGGUGGUGACACGUUCAUCAUCAACUACGGUUCGGCUCAUACCGGCGAAGAAGAGUUUCUCACCAUGCACAACGCCCGGAGCCAGGAUAGAACGGUGCUCGAAGAAAGGGCCGAGCGCAUCCAGGGCUAUCUGGGCAUCAAGCACGGCCAGUGGAUCAUUGACGGCGUGACUGUCACCAGCAAGCUCGGCUUCAGGGUCCCCUCGUCGAGUCUGACCUACACUCUUGCCCGUGCCAUGACUUUGCCCGGCUUGGUGAAGGCUGUCUUUCGUCCUCAGUUCGACUUCACCCGCAUCAGUGGUGUCAACGCCAUCUUCGACGAUCUGAUCGGCCGCGGCCUCGGCGGUGAACCAGGCGGUGUUGGUCGUCAGGACAGUCCCCGUAUUGAAGAGCCUGACAAUCCCGAUGCCACCGACAAUGCCGCUGCCAACAACGACACCAAUGCUGCUGCCAACGACGCUAACAAUGCUGCUGCCACCAACGCUAACAAUGCUGCUGCCAACAACGCCGGCAAUGCUGCUGUCAACAAUAAUGCGGCUGUUCCUUCCAACAACGUCGUUCCUUCUGCCGGCAAUAUCGCUCCUCGUGCCAACAACAUCGGCCCUCUUGCAGGCGAGCGUGCCUUUGCUCAACGUCGCGAACGUGCUCUUCGUGAGGCUGCGCGCGGUGCUCUCCAGCACGUAGCUACUUCUGCCCAAAGUCCCUUCGCCACCGUGCAAGGACCGGUUCCUGGUGUAGCACUGACGACCACGCCUGACGCUUGGAAGCUGGUUGACCGUGGUGCUCCAGCAACCAUUCGAAACAUGCCAGCCAACUUUAGCGUCUUGAAACUUUCCGAUGUUCGCCAGCUCAACGACGACACUAGGGUCAACAUCAUCGCCUAUGUUGACGAGGUAGGCGCUCUCCAACAAAGGAACGCAAUGUUUUGGCUCCUCAAGGUUUUCGGUAGCGAGACCGACAUGGUGAACACGGAAGUUCGUCUCUUUGCACACACGUCAGCUCGCCUGAACGCCGGCGCUCCCAUCGACAUUCACGCGGAAUCAGUCAUCGUUGUUCUGAACGGCAAGAUCUGGCACUCUGGCGUCUCGGCCUUCGACGAUAGCACCGUCUUUAUUCUCGACGAGAAUCGCCAUGCACACGCCGUUGAACUGCUCGACAAGGUAGACCCGCCUGCAGACGAGAACAAUGCUUAA